CAGCGCAGCAAGUUGCCAGCCCUGCGACGGAAAUGCAGAAGUCAACAGGAGGAGUCAGAGACCAACGACUCCUCGCGUCGGGCUCGAGAGACAGGACAGUCAAGAUCUGGGAUCCGGCGACAGGCCGGUGCGUGGCGACGCUAGAGGGCCAUACUUUUUGGAUCCGCUCAGUUGCCUGGUCGCAUGACGCGACCCAUCUCGCAUCGGGCUCGUUCGACAAGACAGUCAAAAUCUGGGAUUUGGCGACGGGCCGGUGCGUGGCGACGCUAGAGGGCCAUACUUGGGAAGUCAUCUCAGUGGCCUGGUCGCAUAAUUCAACCAAGCUCGCGUCGGGCUCGAGAGACAGGACAGUCAAGAUCUGGGAUCCGGCGACAGGCUGGUGCGUGGCGACGCUAGAGGGCCAUACUGAUUGGGUCACGUCAGUGGCCUGGUCGCAUGAUGCAACCCAGCUCGCCUCGGGCUCGUUCGACAAGACAGUCAAGAUCUGGGAUCUGACGACAGGCCAGUGCAUAGCGACGCUAAAGGGUCAUACUAAGCCAGUCAGCUCAGUGGUCUUGUCGCAUGAUGCGACCCAGCUCGCGUCGGGCUCGUAUGACAAGACAGUCAAGAUCUGGGAUCUAACGACGAGCCGUUGCGUAGCCACGCUCAAGGGCUAUUCUAGUUGUGUCCGCUCAGUAGCCUGGUCGCAUACUAUGACCCAGCUUGCAUCGGGCUUUGACGAUAUGACAGUCAAGAUCUGGGAUCGAGUGACAGACCAGUGCAUAGCGACGCUAGAGGGUCAUACUGAUGCAGUCAACUCAGUGGCCUGGUCGCAUGAUGCGACCCAGCUCGCGUCGGGCUCGUAUGACAAGACAGUCAAGAUCUGGGAUCUAACGACGACCCGUUGCGUAGCCACGCUGGAGGGCCAUGCUAGUGAGGUCGAGUCGGUGGCCUGGCAGCCUAUUGCGAUCCAGCUCGCGUUAUAAGAAGAGGGCAGCGUUAGUUACACCUCCUUUAUGGAAUAGCUUCACAUGAAUGCAACGCAAUCUCUUAACGUUGAACUGGUUCCCUUGCAAUAACGUUUGAUACGUUCGAU